GAGCUGCUCAGAGCUGGGGCGGGCGGGCGGCACAGCCCAGGGCAGACAAGGCGGCUGCGAGGAUUCCAAAGGUUCUGCCGGAAAUUCGGUGUGGGGGGACUCCAGCUGGAGCCUGUUGCCACUCUGUGUUUUAAAAGCAUGCAAGGUCUGUAUAGCCUGGGCGUGAGAAUCUUGCGGAUGUCAGAGCAUCCGAAUAAAUGACAUCUAUCUGGGAACUGAAUUGGGGGUAAGGAGAACAGAGAGAAAAGAAAGCCAGCCGAGUAAGAAAUUCUUAGACAACGUUCUGCCUUGCAGCUGUGAAAUUCAUUUUCUUUCCAAGGCAAAAUAUUAAAAAGCUCACACACGGUUUUGAUAAGAAAUAGGGAAUUCUACAGUGAGACAAUCGAUAGCUUAGUCAUUUUACUUUAAGAGAGCAGACAGCCUUAUUGUGGGGUUAGGCGGCUGAUGAAUUUCAUCACGACAGCGCCUUCUGAAGUCAUGAUGGGAGCCGACACUAAUCCUGUCCUGCAAAGCAGAAAUUACUCAUUGCCUUCCUACUUGAGUAUUCGAAACCAGCAAUUCUGAGAUUUGGGGAAGAAGUUGGCUUGCGCUCUACAUGGUUUCUAGUCCCUCUGCCCAGGUCUUUGUUGGACAAGAAGUCUCAGUCUCAGACUCAGACGGUAGCACUGCGUUAAAGUGACCACAUAUGAAUAUGUGCCUAAGAAAGAAGAAAAAGCAAUAUUCAUCCCUAAAGGACAGCAUGGCAAAGCAGCGUGAAGUUUUCCAUUUCCCUCCUAACACUUCUUUAACAAGGAUAACAAGAAACUGUCUUUUGACUCCUUUUUGUUCACAUUCCAUAGUCCUUUCUGUGAGGAUGCGUUAAUUUAUAUUCAAGGCAGUUGGAUUUCACCGGGACAAUACUUGCCACCAUUUAGGAUUAGCGAUUGGACUGGUUACUUUAGUGUGUUGACUAGUGGAAGCUACAUGGAUGGACUCAUACCUGCAGUGCUCUGUGAUGUUUCUUUCUUCAGAUCCUGGAAGGGCUUUUGUUUUUGCUAUUUGUGUUUUUUUUGGGGGGUAAUUUUUGGGGAGAAUUCAUUACUUGUUGCAAUAAUUGUACAUGAUCGAUGCUCAAGCCAGAGAGUUGGGAUUCAUCUGUGAAAAUCACUACAUGUAACAUAGGAGACGAGGAAAAUAUUAAUGACGGACGUUCUGCGAACAUGAUGCACGUGAAUACCUUCCCCUUUAGAAGGCAUUCCUGGAUAUGUUUCGAUGUGGACAAUGGUACAUCAGCGGCACGGAGUCCCUUGGAUCCCAUGACCAGCCCAGGAUCUGGGCUAAUCCUCCAAGCAAACUUUGUCCACAGUCAACGCCGGGAGUCCUUCUUGUAUCGAUCCGACAGCGAUUAUGACCUCUCUCCAAAGUCUAUGUCCAGGAACUCCUCGAUUGCCAGCGAUAUACAUGGAGACGACUUGAUUGUGACUCCAUUUGCUCAGGUCUUGGCAAGCCUGCGAACUGUACGAAACAACUUUGCUGCAUUAACUAAUUUGCAAGAUCGAGCACCCAGCAAAAGAUCACCCAUGUGCAACCAACCAUCCAUCAACAAAGCCACCAUCACAGAGGAGGCCUACCAGAAACUGGCCAGCGAGACCCUGGAGGAGCUGGACUGGUGUCUGGACCAGCUAGAGACCCUGCAGACCAGGCACUCCGUCAGUGAGAUGGCCUCCAACAAGUUUAAAAGGAUGCUUAACCGGGAGCUCACGCAUCUCUCUGAAAUGAGUCGGUCAGGAAACCAGGUGUCAGAGUACAUAUCGAACACAUUCUUAGAUAAGCAACAUGAAGUGGAAAUUCCCUCUCCAACUCAGAAGGAAAAAGAGAAGAAGAAAAGGCCAAUGUCUCAGAUCAGUGGGGUCAAGAAGUUGAUGCACAGCUCUAGCCUGACGAAUUCAUGCAUCCCGAGGUUUGGGGUUAAAACAGAACAGGAGGAUGUCCUGGCCAAGGAACUAGAAGAUGUGAACAAAUGGGGUCUUCAUGUUUUCAGAAUAGCAGAGCUGUCUGGUAACCGGCCUCUGACUGUUAUCAUGCACACCAUUUUUCAGGAACGGGAUUUAUUAAAAACAUUUAAAAUUCCAGUAGACACUUUAAUUACGUAUCUCAUGACUCUGGAGGACCAUUACCAUGCUGAUGUGGCCUACCAUAACAACAUCCAUGCUGCGGAUGUCGUCCAGUCUACUCACGUGCUAUUAUCUACACCUGCCCUGGAGGCCGUGUUCACAGACUUGGAGAUUCUCGCAGCCAUUUUUGCCAGUGCAAUACAUGAUGUGGAUCAUCCCGGAGUGUCAAAUCAAUUUCUGAUCAAUACAAAUUCAGAGCUUGCCUUGAUGUACAACGACUCCUCUGUCUUAGAGAACCAUCAUUUGGCUGUAGGGUUUAAGUUGCUCCAAGAAGAAAACUGUGACAUUUUCCAGAAUCUGACCAAAAAACAAAGACAAUCUUUAAGGAAAAUGGUCAUUGACAUUGUACUUGCGACAGACAUGUCAAAGCACAUGAAUCUGCUGGCUGAUUUGAAAACGAUGGUGGAGACGAAGAAGGUGACCAGCUCCGGGGUCCUCCUCCUUGAUAACUAUUCCGACAGGAUCCAGGUCCUUCAGAAUAUGGUGCACUGCGCAGACCUGAGCAACCCUACGAAGCCGCUCCAGCUCUACCGCCAGUGGACGGACCGGAUAAUGGAGGAGUUCUUCCGCCAGGGAGACCGAGAGCGGGAGCGUGGCAUGGAGAUAAGUCCCAUGUGUGACAAGCACAAUGCCUCUGUGGAAAAAUCACAGGUGGGCUUCAUAGACUAUAUUGUUCAUCCACUCUGGGAGACGUGGGCAGACCUCGUACACCCCGAUGCCCAGGACAUUUUGGACACUUUGGAGGACAACCGCGAGUGGUACCAGAGCACAAUCCCUCAGAGCCCCUCCCCUGCCCCCGAUGACCAAGAGGAGGGCCGGCAGGGCCAAACUGAAAAAUUCCAGUUUGAACUAACCUUAGAGGAAGACGGUGAGUCAGACACUGAGAAGGACAGUGGUAGCCAAGUGGAGGAAGACACUAGCUGCAGCGACUCCAAGACCCUGUGUACUCAAGACUCAGAGUCCACCGAGAUCCCCCUUGAUGAGCAGGUGGAGGAGGAGGCCGUAGCGGAGGAGGAGGCAAGCCAGCCCGAGACUUGUGUGGCAGAUGAUUGUUGUCCUGACACGUAACAGUGUAAAGACUGUCACGCCUUUUUUUUUUUUUUUUUUUUUUAAAAGUAGAAAAAUUGUUUCCAAAGUGCAUGUCACAUGCCACAACCAUGGUCACACCUCACUAUCAUCUGCCAGGACGUUUGUUGAACAAAACUGACCUUGAACUACUCAGUCUGGCGCUCAGGAAUACCGUAACCAGUUCUUGCACCUCCAUGUCAUCGGAGCAAGGGGGACGUCUUCACGAACAUGAUCUUGACACGAGUUCAGCUUGGCAGAGCUGACAGAGUGGGUAAAAUCAACUCCAACUGUUUUCAAGGGGGCGUGGCUCAUCAGGCUGCCCCGGAGUAGGUUGGAUUGCCGGAUUCCUCUCUGGUGGGUUUGCAGGAAUUUUGAGAAGAAAGAAGGCAUUUGAGGGACGGAGUGAGCUCACAGAUGAAACAUUGAAAACGUCACGAAGAGGACAUAGCCUGAGUCUGUGCGCAGGAGGAGGAUGAGCCACAGAAAUUGCAUAAUUUUCUAAUUUCAAGUCUUCCUGAUACAAGACUGAACAGUGUGGUUCAAUGAGCCACACACACCUCUACAUUUUGUAUGAUAUGUAAAACAGAUUUUUUGUAGAGCUUACUUUUAUUAUUAAAUGUAUUGAGGUAUUAUAUUUAAAAAAAACUGUUCAGAACUUCAUCUGCCACUGGUUAUUGUUUUUUUUUUUUUUUCCUAAGGAGUAACUUGCAAGUUUUCAGUACAGAUCAGUGCUACACUGGAUAAAUCUCACUUACGAAUUUUACUUGCACCUUAGAAUUCCUAGCAAUUAACCGAUUUGUAGUGAUUCAUUGUUUUAUAUACCAAUGACUUCCAUACUUUAAAACAGAGAAACAACUUUAUGUUGCUGGAAACCCUUUUUGUAAGUGUCCGUUGACUCCGCCUUUUAGUUCCACAACUCCCCCAGGCCGGAGAGUCGCUCUCCAUCACUGCUUCCUUCAUGGUGUGCAAAGUGAGUAUUUAUUCUGUAACCCUUUGAUGUGCAUUAUGUCAAAUGUGUCUUCAGCCUCAUAGAAGCUCAGUCAUCAGUUAGUGUUGUCCAAAGUAAACGGGAGAUAUGUAAAUACCUAGUAGCUGAAAGAGUCAGUCUUUUUCAGGCAUUUUCCUACCGACUGCCUUCUGAUGCCUUUUUAUUUUCCUGUGUCAGGAGACAUGUAUUUCACAAAUGCAUGUCCUUGUCGUCACCCACACAUUUCAUGAUCGCUUUAUUGUUGUUCACAGCCACUUAUAGGAAGAAAGACGUUUUUUCCUUCAUGCUGCACUAUUGAAUGUGUGUUCCAAGCAUCUGCCCGUAUUCUCUAGGUGGGGUCUCAUCGAGGAUAUCACUACCGUUCUGACCUAGAAAAGAGAAACAGGUUAUCAGGUCAGGGUUGACGUUCGUUUCUCCCCAUGGUUCUGUGUCAUCACUAGCUUAUACUCUGGGGUUGCAGAGGAAAAACAUGGUAAGUGCUACGGAGGCAGUUCUUAAGAAUGUGAGCAGACUAUAUCAGCGCAUACCAGGACAACUGUGGUUUGAACUGCCCAUGGAAAUAAGACCUCCAUGAGGAGUAUCCCUGGAAAGUGAUUCUAAGUAGAGCGGCCACUCUCCCUUAAUAGAUAGCCCGGUAAGGUGUAAAAUUGCCAGCGAUUCUCAUUGCUCUGCAGACUUGUCCUAUAGGAAGGACUACUUCGGAGACACUGAAUGAAAGUUAAUGUUGCCACUGGCACCGGGGAGAUAGUUAUGCGAUGCAAUCUAAAACAUUGGAUUGACAGAGUCUGCCAGUGCCUCAGUACAGCAUUAAGAGGGGAUUCCAGAUUUCAACCCCAGGAACUGUAUUGAUUUUAUAAAUUAACUCCCAGUGUUACUUGCUGAUCGCAAUCAUCCCCAUGCAGCCUAUGUUUAGUCUGGACCUUAGUCGUGUUCUGGGAGUUUGGGGCCCAUGUUACUGUUUUUCUUUUUGGCGUCCAAAUGGGGAAUAAAGGGAAGAGCGGUACCUGACUAAAUGGUAAAUGAAAUAUGUAAGAAAAAUCGUAAGUCUGAAAGAACAUGUCUAAAACUUCUCAAGGAAGUGGCGGGGGGCUAGCACUGAGAAAGGAAAUCAUCAGCCAGGGAAAACACCCAAGCUGAGCUGAAACCCUGUUUCCAUCUCUUAAAUCCAAAUGAUGCUUGGAACCUUUGGUACAGAAAUGGUCUCUGAUCUUUACCAUGGGGCAGGGUAAGCCUCAAGUAACUGAUCACUGAGUGCCAGCCUCCUUUACCCUUGUAAAAAGCAAAUGGAGCAUAAUCUGCCGUUGUGUGACCAGACUUUUCAGAAAACGUUCGGGCACCGGUUUCUCUUUUCAUUGUAUGUAUCCCUGAAGGAGGUCCAGAAGGAAAGGCAAAGACUCUCGAGCUGAUUCCCCCUUUUCUAAAGCAAUCUCACUUCCCUUCCUACACGUGACAUUUCCCCCCCACCCCAGAGUGCCUGCAGUCUUCAUCAUGAAAAGAAACUUACAAUAAGCAGCAAUAUAUCAUAAACAGAUUUAUACCUGCAAGGGUUCAUAACUGCACUAACGGAGCUGUUGCUUCCCAGUGUGUUGGGUUUGAACGGCACUGGCCUGUAAUGGCAUCCCCUGGCGGACAGUUAAGCUGUAGAGGACACCUAAUAUCCAAGAGUUAGAGACUAUCGUACUAUACCCACCAAACCAUCUGCUUACCCCACCCCUACCCCCACCCCUUUCCCAUGCGCCUGCCCCCUCACUCUCUCACCAACAUGUGUUUCCCAAGACACACGGCAUUAAAAAGAACAUCUUUAUACAAGUGGUUUCGUUUCCUAAAAUGCCAUAAGAAAAUGCAAUAUCUGGGUACUGUAUGGGGAAAACCAAGUCCAUGUUUGUGUAAAACCAGUACAUUUCAGCUUGCAAGUUACUGAACACAAUAAUGAUGUUCUCAUUAUGUUUUCAUUCACAUCAGUUAAAAGACACAAGUAAACAGUGUAGAUAGAACAAAUUGCAGAUAAGGAAAGAAAAAAAGACUUGAAUGAAACAGAUUUUACAGAAAGCUUUAUGAUAAUUUUAAUGCAUUAUUUAUUUUUUGUGCCAUGUAUUUUUUUUCUCACCAAAUGACCUUACCUGUAAUACAGUCUUGUUUGUCUGUUUACAACCGUGUAUUUAUUGCAAUGUACAUACUGUAAUGUUAAUUGUAAAUUAUCAGUUCUUAUUAAAACAUCGUCCCACGGUGGGGUGGUGUUGACAUAUUUGGAAACUCUUGGUGAGAGAAUGAACGGUGUGUAUACAUGCUCCUUGUACAUUUUUCUUUUCUUCUGUAAUAUAGUCUUGUCAUCAUAGAGCUUGUUUAUGGAAGAUUCAAGAAAAAUAUAAAGUACAUAAAGAUAUAUAAAUUUAAAUAUCAUAGCUUCAGGUCUUUGGUCCCAGGGCUGUGCCUUAACUGUAACCAAUAUUUUCUUCUGUUUUGCUGCAUUUCAAAGUGAAGUGAUAAUGAGGCUCGGGCUGGGCAUUUCGUAUCCACACUCUUCCCUGAUUGGAUUUCUGGCAAUAGCUGGAUUUCUUCAAAACUAUAGAUCACUGCUGGAGAACCUCCCGACCCUUUUGAGAUACCAGCUCUUGAGUACUUGUUUCCACGGAGCAAGACUCCACAGAUGGUGACUGUUUCCCAGUGAGUACCAGGAGCUAUUGUACUUGGACGUAUUGGAUUAGCUUUCUUGUUCCCAAACCUGUACUAGGGAAAUGAUCUCCAGUGAUUAUAGAAUGGCUUGUUGGCAUCUAGACCUCACAGGAAGAUGAAUUUGAUUCAAAGCAGGAGUCAUAGCUCACUCAUCUUGGUUAAUCCUCUGCUCACCAGCUUCCUGUCAUACCAAAAAUUUAUACUAUUUUUAAUACUAAUUGUUCUCCAAGAUCAAAUUUAUAUAUGCAUAAUACAUAGUAUAUAUGUAUAAUGCAUAUACAUACACACUGUUUAAAUAUAUACAUGUAAAUCAUCUGACUUAAACAUAGUUAUAUGAUGCCAAUUCCCAUUAACAUAGUGAAUUCAUGUCUCUCUAAAAUUGUUUCUGUAAAAAUGUAUGUCUUUGUAGGAUUGUUAGUGUGACCUUGCACAAUGGCUAGUCCUGAAAGCCAUGAGCGCUUCCUGGUGGAAAAUGUGGCCCCCUCUCACUGCAGCCCAGCCCUUAGGACGUGUGACACAGUGAAAAGACAGAUUCUUUUUUCUAGGAAAAAACGAGCCUCUUAUUAUUUCAUUUUUAUUUUUGACACAAACUGUAGAUUUUAGCAGCCCUGGCCCAAAGGAAUUUGAUUACUUUUGUUUUAAACAGUACAAACGGGACACUAUACUUACAAAAUACAUCCUUACUGAUUUCAGUUUUUUAAUUGUUUUAUUUCUUUGGGUAUGUUUUCAGAGUGGUAAAUUGUGUGUGAGCAUCACAGAUGAUUCUGUUAGUGGUUUCUUAGCCUCUCUUACAGCCCAUGGGGAUAGUACUGUACAUCAAUACCUUCAUAUAAAAUUUUUAUAUGCAAUGAAAAUAAAAGCAUGGGUUGAUUCUGCCUA